GAAGUAUCUGGCGCCCCUAUCGCAGUUUUGGGUUGGAAUUCCAGGGACUAUACGAUUACUACGCAAGAGCGCCCGACUUUAUUCAGACUCAUCUUUUGUCGUUAGAAAUGAAUUAAAGAAAAGAGCUCCUGGGCAUAAUCCACGUGCCUUCGUGAAUUUACGCCGGAUCGUCGUUGAGGCUGGUAACGGUGGAGAUGGUUGCAUUGCUUUUGAACGACUGUUCUGUAAUCCGAAUGGUGGGCCAAGUGGCGGUGACGGUGGAAAUGGAGGUCACAUUAUACUGCAAGCUAGCCAACAUGUAACCGAUUUGUCCCAUAUUCCGUCCAUUAUUCGGGGCGAAAACGGAGCAAGUGGUUAUCCGAGCAAGUGUAAUGGAGCAAACGGUGCACAUACAUACAUACAGGUGCCUUUAGGGACACAAGUUUAUCAACUUUCCGAAUCCAAAAAUGAUACUGAAGAUUACCCGGAUCGACAGCCUACGUUAAUAAACUUCCUAAGUACAGACACCGCUGUUUGUAUCGUCGCUCGCGGUGGCGCUGGUGGCAAGGGGAACGCUUUUUUAACCUCUUCAGCCAGUGAAACAGACACACGGUUAUCAUCGAACCGCAAUCCUCCGUUGCGUGUAGCAGAACGUGGUGCUCGAGGUGACCAUCGUCGAUUGUUGCUGAGAAUGUCCGAAUUAGCUCAAUUAGGACUUGUUGGUGCACCAAAUGCAGGGAAGUCCAGUCUACUCAGACGGCUCACUAGAGCACGACCUAAGGUAGCUCCCUACCCUUUCACAACCCUGGAGCCACAGAUGGGCGUUCUAACUAACCACACAGUUCAAGACAAUCAGCCGCGUUUUACAAGCGGUCAUGUUUGUGCGCUCACCCAUGUCACUUUUCUCUUCUCCAUAGUUGCCGAUCUUCCUGGAUUGAUUCGCGGUGCCGCAGAGUAUGACGCUGGUCUGGGUGCCAAAUUUCUCAGCCUGGUUGCCGAUUGUCGUCUACUUAUGUUGGUCGUUGAUAUCGGGACUAUCUGGAAAGAAAACGGUCUGGAGAGCCGUGACGACUGGCGCCAUGAGCUGCAUACUGAAGUCUUGAACCAAUUGUUGAUGUUACGGCACGAACUUGUGACAUUUGAUAGGAACCUUGGUGAUACCGAACGGUGUAUGGUUGUUGGCACCAAAUUGGACCUUAUUUUAUCACAUCCGCUGAACACAAAUCCAGACAAUGUUUGUCUGGGUCGUGACGUCACGCACCAGCUAAACAAGGUGGUUGGUGAAGCGGCCACUGACUCCGGAGUUUUGACUGAAGCGAACGAGGGCAACGUUGUGAUUGUUUCGGCCAGGCGAGGUGAUAAUAUACAUAUUCUCAUGCACAGAUUGAACUUACUAGCUGAGCCUCGAAAGGAUU